AUGACAUCCUCAGAUGUGCGAGAUGUCCUCAACCUCCCCGAUAGCCACGCAGGGCCCCGACCAGCCAAAAAGCAAAAGACUUCUGCUCCGCGCCCAAACCUGAAAGGCCUCGCUCGCGAGGUUCAAAACCUAGGCGGCGACAAUCCGAUCGCCAUCGUCCCCGAGGUUUCCAUCUUCAAAAAGCGGCGCUUCGUAAGCAGAAAGCCGGCGACGAAAUGGGAGCUCAAGCCCUUCACCAACUCGGCGCGGGGUGACAGCGGCGCAUUGGUGCUAAAGCACUGGAAGCGGAAAAUACCGACGUCAGCAGAGAAUGCAGCGCAAGGCGCGGACGCGGAAAUGAAGGAUGCGGACGGAGAUCAGGCGACAUCUAAACCCGAGAACUCAAUGUUUGCGAAAUUUAAUGUCGAGGUCGACGUACCUCAGUACAGCGAGGACCAGUAUCAAACAAACCUUCAGAGUGACGACUGGACCAAGGAAGAAACAGACUACCUGCUGAGCCUGGUGAGAGACUUUGACCUGCGGUGGCCGAUCAUAUGGGACCGUUACGACUAUAUGCCAGAGGCCAUCAAUGGUGAGGCAUCGGCGGACGGGGACGAGAGUAAGGCUAUCAUUCCAGUACCGAAGCCACGGACGAUGGAGGACCUCAAGGCGCGAUAUUACGAGGUGGCCGCAAAGAUGAUGGCGGUCCAGAAACCCGUUCAGUACAUGACGCAGCCCGAAUACACGCUCCACGAGCUCAUGGCCAACUUCAACGCAAACCAAGAAAAGCUCCGCAAGGACUUCGCAAACAACGCGCUGACGCGGAGCAAGGAGGAGGCCAAGGAGGAGGAAUCGCUGCUACUGGAGAUCAAACGCAUUCUGGCGCGCAGCGACCGAUUCAACGAGGAGCGGCGCGAGCUGUACAACCGACUGGACUAUCCGCACACCGACCAGGACAUCAGCACGUUCAAGUCCAGCGCCGGGUUACAGACCCUCCUGCAAAAUUUGAUGAACGCCGACAAGUCCAAGAAGCGCAAGUCGUUGAUGGCGGCUGAUGGCGUCAGCCCCUCCACGCCUGCUGCCGGUCAACAACCGGCAGCGGCAGCGUCAGACAAUAAUGGCAACCGCCGCGAAAGCAUCGCUGCAGCUGCCGCUGCCGCCACCGCGCCGCCAGAGAAGUCGCAAAAGGAGCCCCCAAGCAGCGUCGCGCAGACACCGACGGCGCCGGCCGGAGGAAAGAAGGGCCAGCAGCAGCAAGAACGCCGCAAGCUCUCCGAGGCCGAGAUGCACGUCUAUGGCGUCACGCACCAUGACCGUCUGUCCAGCGGACCCACGUUCCGAUACGAGAGGAUCAAUAAGUUGUUCACACACAAGUCGAACCAACAACAGUUGCGCAUCAUGAACACGCUUAACGAACUUGACAUCCCGCCGCGGCUUGUCAUGCCCACGGCACCUGUCACAUCGCAGUACGAGCUUCUCCUAGGCGCGGUCAACAGCCUACUCGAUGCCAGAAAGGUCACAGACAAGAUUGACGCCGAGAUCAAAAUUGAGCUGGCCAAGAAGAUGGAGCGAGAGAAGACAAGCCAACCAGAACCCAAUCCGGCUGCCGAGAAAAAGGAGGGUGAUGGUGACAGCCGCUCUACGGAAGAGAAGAAAGACAAGACGGUGGGCGGCGAGGCAAAAGCAGAAGCCGCACCCGCGGAGCCAGCGAAGACAGACGAACCGAAGACCAAUGGCGUCGCGGCCGGAGCCGAGGCACCAGCUGAUGGGGAGAGGGAGGUGGGUACGUCGGCUGCGACAGAAGAAGGGAAAGGUGAUGCGGACAAGGACAAGGACAAGCCAGCGCGGCCGGGAAGUAGUGGAGUGUCACACAAACGGAGCGCGAGCGUCAUGAGCGCUGGGGGUGACGACAAAACUGCGAAGAGGCAGAAGAAGUGA